UUCUAAUUUUGCUAUUUAGAUACAUUGCUAAACAUUUCUCUCUUCACACACUAUCACACAAACAUAAUGGCUUCUCUUAUUCAUUGCAAUCUAGUUUCUCUUUUCUAUCUCAUUUUUCUCUUGCUGAUAAUUUCCUAUCCACCAAACACCCUCUCCCAAGAUCCAAACUCCUCAAGCCCUACAAUAGCACCAUGCACAUCAAGCCUCCUUCCUCUCUUUCCCUGCAUGCCAUUCGUGCAGGGCGCCGUUAGAACUCCGGCGUCUGCCUGUUGUAGCAACCUCGAGCGAAUCUAUAACCAACAACCUCACUGUCUUUGUUUCUUGUUCAACAGCACUACCUUUACCUCUUUCCCCAUAAACAGAACACUUGCUCUACAAAUCCCAGCUCUUUGUAACCUUCCAGUCAAUAGCUCAGUUUGUCAAGGGGAGAAAAUACAUGUGCCUGCAACUUCACCAAAAUCUCAAGCUUUCUUUGGAACAAAGAACAACUCUACUGUUUUUGCUUCUCCAGCAUUUACAGUGCCACCAAGACCAAGCAUCAUUGGAUUUGGAUUUGGAAGAAGUGAAGCCAUUAACUUGAAGGCAAAGAAUGGAAUGAUUGUUAUCAUAAAUAUAACAAUUUUUGUGUUCAUAUUGGUGUCUUGAUACCAUAUUAGGGUCAAUAAAAUAUUAUAGUGAGUGAUGUACCAAAGAAAAAAAAUAUUAUAGUGUGUGGAUUGUGUGGU